ACACUUGGAGUACCAUUUGACACUCAAGGUUGACUCGCGUCGUUUCAACAAUUCUGUAAUUACUAAUGUCUAAGGAGCAUGGGGACUGCGACACAUCCCAUCUUGUCAGAAUCUAGCAAAUAAAUACUGUUGUUCGCUCAAUUCGCAACACAAUGACGUCAACACUUGCCGAGUUUCAAUUGCUUGCAUCAUGAAUUAAUGUUGAGUUUAUUUUGGUUUAAACUUAAACAUCAAAUACAUCAACUUUUGAAUGUAUCUUUUGAACUGUUUAUCUUUCAUUUUCGAACUUUAAGGUGUAACAUGUAACGGAUGUUCACGUAGAGAUUUCAGAUUUAGACGAUAUAAGUGUCUUGUGUGCCGCGAUUAUGAUCUUUGUGGAACGUGUUUUGAUAAUCAGCAAGAAACGGACAAACAUUCAAGUUAUCAUCCGAUGCAGUGCUUAAUCACUAAAGCUGACCAUGAUAUAUUCUACUGCGGAGAGGGUUCUGCGAAACAUUGUGUCCAAAGUUUCACAUGUUCAGUUUGUGGUCAACUGGGUUUCACAGAGUCGUCUUUAUCGAAUCAUGUUUUUUCUAAUCAUCCAAAUGCUGGUGAUUCAGAAGUACUUUGUCCCUUCUGUGCAAUACACACUGAAGGUGAUCCUAAUCUUACAACACAUGAUAUUGCAAGUCAUUUCAAAAGUGUGCAUAAUCUAUCACCUUCAGUCAAUGAGAAGAAUGUAACCAAUAGCUCAUCAGCUGCGGGUUCGCUUAUUCCGCGUUUAACUUCUGUUGAUAACAAGUGCUGUGAUACUGCAAGUCUACGAACUCGACAAACUAGUCAACCACGUGCCAAGGAUUUUGGGUUUGACAAGGUUGGAAAUUUCAACUGUGCUAAUACCAGCAGUAGCACUGCUACAUUCCACAAUCGCUUAAUUACUGACGAAUCAUGUCAUAAUCAAAAUAGUGCAAAUUCAAGCGGUAUAACGUCACAGCCUGUAUUGUAUAAUCCACGUUUCUCUCUUGGCAGUAUAGUAACAAUGAAAAACUUUAUGAAAUCUUUAGAACAUGAUAACAAAAACAAAUAUCAUAAAAACAGACUCUCUGAUGAGCGAAAUGGUUGUGAUAAUAAACCGAGUAAUAGUAAGCGAAAUGAUGAAGUUCAUAACUCAACUGUUUUGCAUCUUGGUCCUGUUGCUAAUGGAACAGAUUCACAAAAUGCAGCUGACAAAUCGCCCAGUGGAGAUACUUUAGAAUUUAGAAGUAAUAACAAUCAAGAUUCUGCAAAUGGAAAUCAAAACAGUAAACAGAUAGACUGUACAACAACCACUUCUGUUAGCCAAGAAUCAAAAUUUAUUGAAAAUCCAGUUCUUCUUUCCCCUUGUGAAAACGAAAACCUUACAAAUCAACAGAACAUUUCACGUGCUGACAGCAACGGAUAUCUUGAGUCACUAACUUCAGAAGUAUUAGAUCGUAAAUUAAAUUCCCUAUAUCCUAGUCCUCCAAAAUAUUCGAAAUCAUUAUCUUGUGACCCACAUAUAAAAUCAGUCAAUGAUGACAAGUUAAAAGAUGUCAACAAAAAGUUAGUUUUUAAUUGUCAUACAAAUGAACAACAAUCAGAAUUACCACCAGCUACUGUUCAAGAUGAUUGGGAUAUUGACUGGCAUAUGUUCCUAAAUGAAUUGAUUUGGAGUAGUUUGUGUGGUCCCGACGCUUUUUCGAAUAUCUCAUGAAAGUAUAUAAAAUUAGCUUGUAUACAGACACUCAUAAGUUACCUUCUUUCAAAAUAGUCGUCUGUUUGACCCGUUUAUUAUAUUCUUUAGUUUGUUUAGCUUAUUGCCUUGUACGUGUUACUGCUUCUGUAUGUAUGUUUCAGUGUAACAGGUUAUAGUGUCCAGUUAUAUCUGAAUGUAUGCAUUGAUCGAAGACAAUGUGAGCUAACCACCCUUCAAAUAUGCUAUUUCCCCUUUUUGAGUAUACUACACGGGACGAAUUAAAAGUAGCAAUAAAUUACACUCCUUCAAUGUGUAUAUAAAUAUGUGUAAUAUUUUUGUUAUUACAGCAAUUCCAUACCUUCGUCUAUCGGACAAUCUAUCUUUAUAAUAAUAUGUUGUACAAGCAAGAUUUGUUAUUGGAACUAGUAUUCUUAAAAUAUUUGCGAAUGGCUGUAAUGGUUACUUAUUUUUGUGUCUGUCUGUGUGAAGAACUGAUUCCGUUUUUUUUCCAGUGUUCAUCAUCAUGUGAUCGCCUGUUAUUGACUUUCAAUACUCUAUCUCUCUCUGUGUCUAAUUUCUCUAUGAUUAACGGGAUAAGUCGAGAAUAAAAAUGGGUGGAAAAUACUACCAUCUCUCUUAAAUGUAUAAAAUAACCCCCGUGUUAUGCUUGAUAUGUACACCCACAUACUUUAAAAUUAUUCUUGAAUAAAAUAUCAAAUAUUUGAAGUGGAAUCUUAUUUAUUAUGUAUUUAACCAGUAACCAGUUGGAGGAUACACGAAAUGAUGUACCGUUAAAUUUAUGUUGGAGUGGUUGGAAAAUUGUCCUGAUGUCUAGAGAAAUUAGUGAAUAAUAUUCUACUUGUAAAUGUAUGUAUGCUACACAUACAUCUUCGAAAUGAGGUAACAGCAAAUCAUGAACAAGUUUUAGUUUGAAACUGUCAAAAGAAACAGGUUCGAUAUUUUGGCAUUCUAAUAUUAUUAUUGUGAACCAUAUUAGUUGUAAAGCGGUUGUAGAGAAACUACGAAAUGAUAUUAUCUCGCGAAAUUUGUCUU